AUGAAGACUCGCAACUCGACGAUAACUGUGUCUUACGGUUCGGAUCUUGAUCUCCUGUUUCCCGGUGCCAACCACUGGAUGCGUACAGUCUCCCGAAAAAAGAAUAUCUUAAAUGUCAACGAAACUUUCACCUUUUGCGAACGAGACCCAUACCACUUUAGAAUGCCUGAAUGCGAAGGAUUUGCCAAUGUCAAUGGAACGAUUGUGACAAGAGCAGAAAUGAAUUUUGACGGCAUCAGACUGACGAAUGUGCUGAGAAGAGAUGCGGGCACAUACCGCCCAGGAAAAAAGCACAAGAAUGGAACUGUCGACUUCUAUGAUCUCGUCUUCAAGGUAGUUGUAACUGGAAACAAGACAGAAAUUGAGGCAAGAAGAAAAGAAUUUGAGACGAAUAGGACGCAACUAUUAGAGAAAAGAGAAAAGAGAAGGCAGCUACGGAAGGAAAGACAACAACUGGGUAAACCAAAUACCAUGCAAUCUUCUUAG